AUGACUGGCUCAGUAAAAAGCUUUACUUCUUUUGCCAAGAAAAAAAAGGAAAAUAUAAUUUUCACCCACUGUUUUCUACAUAGAGAAGCCCUUAUGACAAAAACAUUAGUAGGUGAUUUAAGAGAAGUUUUGGAUCAAGUUGUGAAAGUGAUAAAUUUUAUUAAAAGUAGUUCACUUAAGUCAAGGUCGUUUGAAAAAAAUUGUGACAGUAUGGAUUCAGAUAACUCAAAAUUACUUUUUCACAGUGCAAUAAGAUGGUUAUCAAGAGGCCGAGUAUUAUCACGUUUUUAUGAUUUGAGUGAAGAAAUAAUUGUAUUUUUAACAAUGGAAGAAUCGAAGUACGAGUUUCUUGGAGAUGAAAAGUGGUGGACAAAAGUAUCUUUUUUAACUGAUAUUUUUGAACAUUUGAAUAAAAUAAAUACAAGCAUGCAAGGUCGUACGAAAAUAUCCUAA